ACCAUAUAUAUUAUAUGUAGCAGACUUUACAGGAAGCGAAAUAUAGCUUGAAAAAAGAGCCUUUCUGGUUCGUUCUUCAGAUUCUAUUGGGCGACCAAGAAAAAAGACGGCUGGUAUUGAGAAGGAAAGAAGAAGAAGAAGAUGAACAACUCGGCCUCUGAUCACAGUUUUUACAUUGAGAGCGAAGAAGAAGAUGAUGAAAAGGAGUUUCCCAAAGGAGAAGAUAAUGGAAAUGAAUCGGAUUCUUCGGAUUAUUCGGUCGAAAAUCAGCAGCAGAACAAGCCCAGUUCUUACAAUACCUCGUGGCCUCAAAGUUACAGGCAAUCCAUUGAUCUUUAUAGUAGUGUGCCAUCUCCAAGCAUUGGGUUUCUGGGCACUCCUACAUUGUCCAGAUUAGGCAGCUCAUUUCUUUCCUCAUCACUAACAAGAAGGUACACUCCCGAGUCCUUACCGGUCGACGCGAGGCCCUUUUUAGUACCAGUAGAUGACGAGCAGCCGCCGCAGCAGAGACGUAGCUCUCACACUCUCCUUCCUCCAAUUCCUCCAUCGCGGAGAUCUUCUAUUCUAAGGAAGGAUGAGAAGGCAUCUAGAGUGUCACAUGAACACCCCAUUUCACGCCAGAGCUCGAAUGCACAAGCCGUGUUAAAUGGCAUAAACGUGCUAUGUGGAGUUGGAAUCCUUUCAACCCCAUAUGCAGCCAAAGAAGGAGGGUGGGCUGGGCUCAGCAUUCUGUUCCUAUUUUCAGUGCUUUCUUUCUACACUGGAAUGCUUUUGCGUUACUGUCUAGAUAGCAAACCGGGCCUUGAGACUUACCCUGACAUUGGCUUUGCUGCUUUUGGUAAUCCCGGUCGAAUUGCCAUCUCGAUCAUACUCUACGUGGAAUUAUAUGGUUGUUGCAUUGAGUACAUAAUUCUGGAGAGUGACAACUUGUCUUCACUAUUUCCAAAUGCGCACCUAAGUCUUGGCGGGUUUUAUAUGAACCCGAAAGUUCUCUUCGCGGUGUUGACCACCCUCGCUGUUCUUCCCACUGUUUGGCUCCGGGACCUCACUGUUCUUAGCUAUAUCUCUGCUGGUGGAGUUAUUGCAUCAAUCUUGGUGGUAAUCUGCCUGUUUUGGGUUGGUUUGGUGGACGGGGUCGGUUUCGAGAGGUCAGGGACAACGCUGAACCUUGGAACACUUCCUGUCGCAAUCGGUCUCUAUGGAUAUUGCUACUCGGGCCACGCAGUUUUUCCGAACAUUUACACUUCAAUGGCAAAUCCAAGCCAAUACCCUGCAGUCCUCUUAGCUUGUUUUGCCAUAUGCACUUUGAUGUAUGCUGGAGUUGCUGUUAUGGGAUACACAAUGUUUGGAGAAUCGACACAAUCACAAUUUACUCUCAACAUGCCUCAGGAUUUGGUCGCCACCAAGAUUGCCUUGUGGACUACGGUAGUAAACCCCUUUACCAAAUAUGCAUUGACCAUAAUGCCAGUGGCAAUGAGUCUGGAGGAGUUGAUUCCAUCAAGCCAUCUCAAGUCUCAUGUAUUUGCUAUUCUCAUUAGAACUGGACUUGUGCUCUCUACCCUUGGUUUGGCUCUUACUAUCCCCUUCUUUGGUCUUGUGAUGUCAUUGAUUGGAUCUCUGCUCACAAUGCUUGUAACCUUGAUACUUCCUUGUGCUUGUUUCCUGAGCAUUUUAAGAGGAAGAAUAACCCGUUUUCAGGGAGCACUUUGCAUUAUAAUUAUCACAGUAGGAGUUAUAUCAUCGGCUUUUGGGACAUAUUCGGCCCUGUCCAAAAUUAUAGAGAAUUUGAUGAGUUGAAGAGUUUUCGAGACAUUUCUGAAACUUUUGAGAGACAACAUUAUGGAGUCUAGUAGAUUCUUCAAAUUAUAUUUGUGGUUUUCCUUUUUUUAUUAUUAUUAUUUUUUGUUGUU